UCAUAGUAGACCAACGCCCCACAAUAUGUUUGAAUGAUAAGAAGCUAUAGAAAACAACUGAACUGAAAGACGGGAAGGCCCAGUUGCUAAACAUAUUUAUAAAGCUGGGAGACACAGCAGCAAGAUGCUGUCCGCUGCAGACAUGGAUUCACUGGCCAGUGUGAGGAGGAGUCUGGUCCGUCAGACAUCUUAAUGAAGGCACUGUUCUGGCUGAGAACUGAGACUGGGGUCCUAAAAGGCUGACAAGUGCGGCACUGUCCUCUCCUGCUGUUGGGUAGCCUUUAUAUUCUGUGUAGUAGGAUCCCCCCAUUGCCCCCUAAAGCCUCAAGAUGGGCCCGUUCUUAGACUUCAACCCCUUUGAUAACCUGCUGUGCAUUCUCUUGGGCAUCUCCUUCACGGUGUGGUUCACCCUACUGCUCGUCUUCAUCAUCGUGCCUGCCAUCUUUGGAGUGUCCUUUGGCAUUCGACGGCUCUACAUGAAAACCCUACUGAAGAUCUUUGAGGUGAGUGGAAACCACUUGACUGUUUGCAAGGGUUCACAGAUGUUAUCAGUUUGGUCAGAGGACAUCACAUCAGACAUUUGCACAUGUAUGAUUAAUAUGAAUGAUCAAUAAUAGAUGGUAGGCAUAUAUGUCACAUAACAUUUAUGACUGAUGUAGGCUUGAGUGGAGUGCAUUGAUUAUACUCACUGUGUGCAGUGAUGUGGCAGUUCCUUGCUUGACAGUGCACUUGACCCAAACUGGGACUUAGCAAUGGGAAUUCAUUUUAGUGUAGGUCAUGCGCACCUCCCCACCUUCAAUCCCUCACCUUCUACAUCAACGCUCUAUUGUGUGAGUUCAGUUCAGGUCCGUAUUUACAAUGUGCUUCAUUUGCUUCCCAUGAGGUCACGACAAACACUUUUGUUGUCAAAGAGAGGCCUAGGCAGGACAUGUAAUAUAAGAUGGCUAUAAUGGAUGUGUAAUAGCAAUAGCACACAAGCAUAAAGUUAGCAUCACUCUAAUCAAUGACUCAACAAUGUAAUGCAUGUCAAUAUAGUGGGUCAGUGCCAAGAGAGUCAUUAAAAACUUUGCUGGCUGGCCACUAUAAGCCAAUUGUUAUAGUGGCACUCUUCACAACUCUGGCUUCACAGUGACCUUUUAUCACUAGUACCCAGACAGUAGUUCAUUCAGUGGUUGUUGGGCGGUGAUGAUGGCCAGGGGCCCUGCCUCCCCCUCAUUAUGUAACUAUGGAGAGACUAGAGAGAACGGUACAGACCUGGGUACUAAAAGUCUUCAUCUGGCUACAUGUUUAAGGUAUGAACAUGACUUUGUGGGAUCUGUGCUUCUGAUCAUAAUUUAUCAACAUUCUCAUUCUUGUUUAGCCUACUGAUGGGUUCAAAAGUGUCUCUCAAUAUGAUUAAUCUAAAGUUUCAGUGGUUGAUGGGAGUUAGCCUAGCUGUCUGUUCCUCUCACUAGUGUGAUGAAACCAGAGAAGGUUAUCUCCCUCUGUCUUCCUCUGGUUUGUUAAGUGCUGACAGUAAGCCUGUGAGCAGUUUCCACCAAACCCCUUUGAGAGAGAGUUCUAGUGGCAGAAAUAAAUGGGCCGGAGGGAGAUGGCCGGGGCUGGAGAUAUGAGAGGUUUCUCAGCUCGCAGUAGUGCCAAGUCUAGUCUACCAACAUUUUAAUGAGAAAAGUAGGCUAAAGGGUAAAAAUUACAGGUUUUUGGAAACUAGGUGAUUGAUAGUAUGACAGAAUAUUUCCCCUCUUGGUUUGUGCAAGUACAGACCUUGGUAUUGCUUGGAUGAGUCAAGUCUCCAAAGCGGAAAUCACAUCCUUUGCUGCUGGUAACUUAAGUCACGAAUGUAACCCCAUAACCCGGAUAUGUGUGAGCUGGGCUAUGGGAAUUGUCUUUCUAUCUAGGUUAUGAACCUGAACUUUCUCUUCAUGGUUAGUACACCAGAUCUCAUGCAGAGAAGGUCAGUCUCACAAGGAAUACCUGGCUGGCUUUUAUACCAGACUGAUGACAAUGCACUUUCUGUUCAACAAUAUUGCAUCAACUGCAGGGUUAGGGGAUGGGAAGGAGAGAAUGAACAAGGGGGACCCUGUAACUCCUACUCAGUCUAGGCUAUGAAUGAGUGUAGAGGUAUCACACACCAGCUCUUUUUUGGAUAGUAUUAUGUAAUCCUGUGCUACCACACCCCUCUGUCCUGAGCCAUGUGCUGGCCUUGAUUUGCCCUGUUCCAGUUCAGACUCAACAGGAUUGCUCUGCUCGUCAUCUACUAGCCUAAACCAAAGCAAACACAUUUGUGUCCCUAUAAGCUGCACUUUAGUCUUAUGAUUCACAUGUCAUGGUAUUGUCAUGUCGGUAAGGAUAUUGUUGUGGCCAACCAAAUGCAAAAUCUGCCCUCGGUGAGCAGUGUUAUCCUUUCAAAAGGUGGGAUGGUCAAUUUCAGUUUCUAAAGAGAACUGUGUCCGUCGCCCUGUAGUGUUGUUGACAUUGGCCUGGCACCGCUUAGUAGCAAAUAUGCUUUACCUCUUACUCUGUUGUGGUGGUCCUGUCCACAAGUGGUCAGUCUUGUAAAUGUCCAGUUUUCCUGUCCUGUCAGAAGAAUGUUGUUUCAGUUGAUCAGGUAAACCUCAACUGCUGCCAAGGCCUGUUGCCCAGUAAAGCCUUUUAGAAUGUGAGCACAUUCUUUGCAUUUUUGUUAGCCAGGUGCCCUGAGCUACUUCCAUUAGCCAGCCAUUUGGAUCACAUAACUGUAUUGGAGUGUCAUAGAUGUGUAAGAUGGAUGCUUGAGCAGAUUAGAAUGUUCUGGCAGCAGAAUUCUGCUGCUCUUCGCUCUGUUUUCUGUCUGUGUGAACAUCAGGAUCCUAUAAAGAUGUGAUGUGUUGUGUGAACUUGCACCCAGCUCAGUGCCUGAGGUUGGAGUGAAAGUUUGAGAACAGCGGAUCCCCUCCCACUUCCUCCUCUCCUCCCUGCUCUGCCUGUUGUUGCUAAGGCAUGGGCAACACUGUCCUUUUCCAGCCUCUUACUGUAGUGUUUGUCUAGGUGUGCAAAUACAGAUACAGUAUGAACAUCUGCAUUUAGCUUAGGUGAGCAUGUUCUUUUAGGCCUACAUAAAAUGGACAAUUACAAUGUGAAUGCAUGUUUUUAUAUAAAAUCGAAUAAUUCUAAUUAUUUCCAUGGCAAGACUCUCCUCACUAUCUGCCCUGGAAUAGUAACAUCAGACUAAUAGCAAAAUACCUUAUCAACAUAGUAGCAUUAACUGCUUUAUGUUAUAUUGUUUCAGUCUCGUGAAAUAUAGGCCUAUUGAAAAUGGCUUGUUGAUAUCAUGUCUGCAAUUUACUGCACGUCUUUAUGAACUCAAGUGUUGUAGAUAAAAGAUAAUGGACAUAUCAAUCUGUCAUUUUAUUAUCUAAUCUGUCAAACUGCCACAUAAUUCCCGUAAUAAAGCAUGAAGCUGUUUUGGUCAUUUUAAGUGGACAAAAAAAUGUGUUGGUCUAUUUAGAAUUAGAUUUUUGUCUGAAUGAGGUUGAGGCAGAAAAUGUGUUUCUCUACGAAAUGAAGGGCUAACACCUACAGGGUUUUUUUCUGGAUCAAAAAGGGGCUUAGGUGGUGGGCGUGGCAGGGGGCGAGGAAAUUGGCGCGGUGUAGAGACAUUUUUUCAUUUUUGCCGGUGUCGAAAUGUGUUCAUUUUUAAGCAUAUUUCCUGCAAUUCAAAAAAUUCCUCCAUGGAGCUGAGACAUUUUAGCAAUUUUAAAGCUAAUUUCCUGCAAUUCAAGGCAUUUUUGCAUCGGCUAAUGCUGUGUUCUUUUGCUCAAACAUAACAAAAUCAAUACUGCUAAAUUCAUUGUUUUUGGAAUUUUCAAUUCUCCCUGACUGUAGCUGUUAUUUUGGUGAUUGUUAGUUGUCAAAUUAUAUUAUAAAAAAAUAUAUAGGUCCAUGUAUCUAUUCUACAUACUUUAUAUCUGGGUUUAGUCGUUUCAGUUUACACUGAAAGCAUUUUUCCAUCCUGAAAAUUAAUAAAUACAAAUAUUAUAUAUAUAUAUAUAUAUAUAUAUAUUAUUAUUUUAUUUUUUUUUUUAUUACAGUUUGGAUUUAGUCAACCCGAAAAAACACUUAGGUGGCCCGCCCAAGGAUUUAAAUGACAGAAAAAUCCCUGACCUGUCUACUUUUCUUUUCUUGUAGUGGGCCACGCAUAGGAUUGAAAGAGGAGCCAAGGACAACAACCAUCUCUUGUACAAGCCCUACUCUAAUGGUGAGUGAUAGGCUGUGUGUUCUGUGUUGUUGAGGAGUUUGUCUGGUUGGUAGGUGUUAACCAUUUUCCAUGUCUCCCUGGGGCAUUGCAGCCAUCAUUGCCAAGGAGCCCACCUCCCUGGAGGAGGAGAUCAAUGAGAUCCGGCGCCGCGGCAGUAACCGGGACCUGGACUCCGCUACUGAGUUUGAGAUGUCUGACAUCUUCUACUUCUGCCGGCGAGGAGUGGAGAGCAUCAUGGACGAUGAGGUGACCAAGAGGUUCUCUGCUGAGGAGCUGGAGUCAUGGAACCUGCUGACCCGUAGCAACUAUAACUUCCAGCACAUCAGCCUGAGGCUGAUGGUCCUGUGGGGGCUGGGGGUGGUGAUGCGCUACGGCUUCCUGCUGCCUCUCAGGUAAGACAGGGUCAAGGUUAGGUCAAGGGAUCAGAUGGGGCGCUGGUUGGUUCAAUAAUAGCACUCUGUUUUCUGACAUGUGGAAACAAAUAUGUUUGACAGGCUGACAUCAAACACUUCUCCAUGUUUCUUCCUGAGAACAUAUAAACAAACAACAUUUGUCCAUAGGCAGUGCUCUAACUAAUAAAAGUAAGGAACACAACAUAGAACUUUAUUUUUUUAAUCGAUUGAGAUAUACAGUAACCUAUAUUGUAGGGUGUUCAUCCAUAAAAUGAUUAAUUCAAGGUUUACACAUAUGUCCAUUCAAUAGAUGUAUGCGUCAGAAAAUCAAUAGUCCAAACACCAUGUCUCUACCAUACAGUGCAUUCGGAAAGUAUUGAGACCCCUUUACUUUUUCCACAUUUUGAUACGUUACAGCCUUAUUCUAAAAUGGAUUAAAUUGUUUUUUUCCCGAGUGGCGCAGCGGUCUAAGGCACUGCAUCUCAGUGCUAGAGGCGUCACUACAGACCCUGGUUUGAUUCCAGGCUGUAUCACAAUCCGGCUGUGAUUGGGAGACCCAUAGGGCGGCGCACAAUUGGCCCAGCGUCGUCCGGGUUUGACCGGGGUAGGCCGUCAUUGUAAAUAAGAAUUAGUUCUUAACUGACUUGCCUAGUUAAAUAAAGGAGAAAUAUAAAUAAAAAAUCAAUCUGAACACAAUACCCCAUAAUGACAAAGCGAAAACAAGUUUUUCGAAAUUGUAGGAAAUGUAUUAAAAAUUUUAAAUGUCGAGGCACUUUUUGCAGCAUUGAAGGUCCCCAAGAACACAGUGGCCUCAUCAUUCUUAAAUGGGAGACGUUUGGAACCACCAAGACUCUUCCUAGAGCUGGCCGCCUGGCCAAACUGAGCAAACGGGGGAGAAGGACCUUGGUCAGGGAGGUGACCAAGAACCUGAUGGUCACUGACAGAGCUCCAGAGUUGCUCUGUGGAGAUGGGAGAACCUUCCAGAAGGACAACCAUCUCUGCAGCACUCCACCAAUCAGGCCUUUAUGGUAGAGUGGCCAGACAGAAGCCACUCCUCAGUAAAAGGCACAUGACAGCCCACUUGGAGUUUGCCAAAAGGCACUUAAAGGACUCUCAGACCAUGAGAAACAAGAUUCUCUGGUCUGAUGAAACCAAGAUUGAACUCUUUGGCCUGAAUGCCAAGCUUCACGUCUGGAGGAAACCUGGCACUAUCCCUACGGUGAAGCAUGGUGGUGGCAGCAUCAUUCUGUAGGGAUGUUUUUCUGCGGCAGGGACUGGGAGACUAGUCAGGAUCAAGGGAAAGAUGAACAGAGCAAAGUACAGAGAGAUCCUUGAUGAAAACCUGCUCCAGAGCUCUCAGGACCUCAGACUGGGGCAAAGGUUCACCUUCCAACAGUACAACGACCCUAAGUACACAGCCAAGACAACGCAGGGGUGGCUUCGGUACAAGUCUCUGAAUGUCCUUGAGUGGCCCGCCAGAGCCUGGACUUGAACCUGAUCGAACAUCGCUGGAGAGACCUGAAAAUAGCUGUGCAGCGAUGCUCCCCAUCCAACCUGACAUGGCUUGAGAGGAUCCGCAGAGAAGAAUGGGAGAAACUCCUCAAAUACAGGUGUGACAAGCUUGUAGUAUCAUGCCCGAGAAGACUCGAGGCUGUAAUCGCUGCCAAAGGUGAUUCAACAAAGUACUGAAUAAAGGGUCUGAAUACUUAUGUAAAUGUGAUAUUUCAGUCCUGUUUUUGCUUUGUCAUUAUGGGGUAUUGUGUGUAGAUUGAGAAUGUAUUUAUUUUUUAAUCCAUUUUAGAAUAAGGCUGUAACGUAACAAUGUGGGAAAAUGUAAGGGGUCUGAAUACUUUCCGAAUGCACUGUAUAUGGUUCAACAGUUAGACUAUUUACUCUGAGAAUUUAGCACUAAGUUAACUCUGAGGCGCCUCUCCGUGACAACUGCACUAACUUUAAACGUCAUCAGAGCACCUCCCAAAGCAAAUAUGGAAGAGAUACAACCAAGAGCGAUGCGGUCUUAACUAGCAAUGGUCACAGCAAUUUAACGUUCUUAUUUCAUCAACACUGUCAAGUACAAGUAUAUUAAGGUUACAAUAUUUUAGAGAACAAUCUAAAGAUUCAUUCUGUGAUUUAUAAAGACAGGGCAAAGAACUAAGUUUUGAGAUUAAUUUCAUAGCAUCCUCUUGAAUUGCCCCUUUUUUCUCUACAUUCUAGAGCAGUGAGUGAACGUAUACACUACCGUUCAAAAGUUUGGGGCACUUAGAAAAUUCCCUGUUUUCGAAAGAAAAGCAAUUUUUUUGUCCAUUUUAAAAUAACAUCAAAUUAAUCAAUUUGAUGUUAUUUUAAUGGACAAAACUUUUGAACGGUAGUGUAGGCCUAUAUUUAUUCUAGCUACUUCUGAAGCACAUGUUCCCUAGAAACGAAUAUGUAACACUGUAAAUACAUUUGUUUAUUAUAAAAAGCUAAAAUGAUGAUGCAAAUACUCAGAAUAUUGGGUUUCUACAUUAUUUUCCUAUUGAGAUGCAUUACAUAGAAAAUUGUACACUGUCGUCAUUUCACAAUCCAAGUUUGUACCGACAGGUAACCUAUUGAAUAAUAUUGGCUCAAAGAAAAUAUUAUAUUUAUAUUACCCUCAAACACCAAAUUGGGCCCUAAUUUCAAAUUAGGCCAUCAUUGUCAAUUGUGAAUGGUAAUUCUUCACGUUUUACGGGUGAAAUUUCCAAGCUGCAUCUGCAUGCCAACCAUUUGAUCUCAAUCAGUUUCAUGGGAAUAUGCAUUUAGAUCUUCUUGAAUGAUGUACAGUAAGUAACCAGAUGUUGUUAACAGCUACUGCCUACCUGUAUUUUGUUUCAAUCAAAACACAUAGGCUACUUAGCCUAGUGUCGAGUGUGCUGUUGAGUUAUGGCCGUAUGAGAAGAAAAACAUGACUAUUCAGCACAAUCAUCCUAAAAUCUCAUAAGAAAUUAAGUGGUGUUUUUGGUCUAACAGUAACGUUAUGCUGUUAUAUUCGGUAUGUUUAGGCCUAUGUAGAAUACGAAUUAGUCAUUAAGUGAUCUUGCGAGAAAUUGAUUCAGCUUUGAUCUAAACAUUAUUAAACAAGCACCAUUCUGAGAAUCGGAGUGUCGCAUUCCGCCGUGCUUCUGCAACACCACCUAUCUUUUUAAACAGUUUGGGCUAGAAACUAGCCGUUUUCACUGUAGUAACGGUAAAACUAUGAUGCUAACAAAUACAUUUUUUAUCUAGGGCACUCGGAAACAAUGGUAGAGAGAAGCCUAAUCAUUACAACAAUUAUUAUCUGGGUGAUUUUAUUUUCUAGGCACACUGGUGCUCCCAAAAUAACAUUCCAGGUCGCACAGGAAAAUAUUUAGGAGCAUAUGCGACCAAAAUGGUGGCACUUUAGAGCCAUGGCCAUAGGAUACAAUUCCUACUUAAUGAGGUGAACUUGGAAUUACACUUAGUGUACAAAACAUUAAGGACACCUGCUCUUUCCGUGACAGACUGACCAGCUAUGAUUCCUUAUUGAUGUCACUUGUUAAAUCCACUUCAGUGUAGAUGAAGGGAAGGAGAACGGUUAAAGAAGGAUUUUUAAGCCUUAAGACGUGGAUUGUGUGUGUGUGCCAUUCAGAGGGUGAAUGGGCAAGACAAAAGAUUUAAGUGCCUUUUGAACGGGGCAUGGUAGUAGGUGCCAGGCGCACCGGUUUGUGUCAAGAACUGCAAUGCUGCUGGGUUUUUCACACUCAACAGUGUGUAUCAAUAAUGGUCCACCACCCAAAGGACAUCCAGCCAACUUGACACAACUGUGGGAAGCAUUGUAGUCAACAUGGGCCAGCAUCCCUGUGGAAUGCUUUCGAAGCCUUACUUUAUUGUCCCCAUGGGGAAAUGUUGUUGCAGUAUCAUGUACACGUUUAAAUACAGUAGAAAACAAAUUGACAAUACAACAUAAGUUACAUACCAAUAAAGAGACUUGCUGGCCUUACUGGGUCGAUAGGAACAUUAGCUGUUUGAGGGAUAUCACACCUGUCACAAAUGAUUGUCUAGUUCUGUUUUUCCUGCCGGGGGGUGCCCUAUACCUGCACCCGGAGGGGAGUAGUUCCAAGUCCGGGUACAGGGGGUGGCUUGGGUCUAAAAUGAUUAUGUGAGCCUUGCUGAGGGCCCUGACCUUAAAGAUCUCAUCCAAGCCUGUCUGUUUGACUCCAAGUACCUUGCUUGCUGUGGUGAUAAUCCUUCUGAGCAUGUUUUUCUGGCUGACAGUGGCAUUGCCAAACCAACAAACAGUACAAAAAGUUAAAAUAUUCUCAAUUAAAGAUUUGUAAAACAGAGUCAGUAUAGUACAGUCAACAUUUUGUAGAUCGGGUCUAUACAUUUACUCCACUGAAGCUCAUUGUCCAAGAGGACUCCCAGAUAUUUGUAUUCCUCUACAAUCUCGAUGUUCUGACCUCUGAUAGAUGUUGCAGAGGUAGAUGUUGUUCGCUUCCUGAAGUCUAUGCGCGUCUCUUCAGUCUUGUUGGUAUUGAGGACCAAGUGUGAUUCAUCACACCACUCUACAAAGUCAUUUAGGACCGGGCCAUGGUGUUCCUCGUCAUCAUGCAACAGGCUGAUCAAGGAAGUGUCAUCAGCAAACUUAACUAAGUGUCUGUCAGAAUGGGAACUAGUACAACUAUUAGUGUACAAGAUGUACAGGAGUGGGUACAAAACACAUCCCUGUGGGGAGCCUAUGUUAGUGGUGCGUAUGUCUGACACGUGGGGACCCACCUUGACCCGCUGUGACCUCUGGCUCAGGAAGUCCAACAGCCACAAAACCAGCCAGGAGUUGAUGCCCCAACGAGUUGAGGCUGUUCUGAGGGCAAAGGGGGAGGGGGGGUGGUGUUCUUAAUGUUUUAUACACUCUGUGUAUAUUGUAUCAUUAUGGCCGGCACUCUGUUCAGAUGUGCUAAGUACUCUCGGCCCGGCAAAUACAACCGGUGUUCAUGAUGCUUUUUGCUUCAUCAUGAUAAUGUAGCAAGUGAUACUUUGCUUCUUGAAAGACGUUUACGUGACGCCAAGAAUGCAUUGUAUAUUGUCAACAAACAUGGCGCCACACAUAGCUGGCAAAUAGCUUAGCAUUAGCUCAUUAUAAUCAGUACAACCUUCAAAAAAAGUAUUUUACACACAUCAGGUGUCCAUUACAAUCCAUGCAAUAAUCUGAAUUUGUCACCAGUACUUGAAAAAGUGAAUAAAACUGUAAAUACAUUAUGCUCCAUACAUAUGAUACAGUAGAAACAUGAUAUACAGAAAAUUAGGCACUUACUUUGAUAGGAACGCACACAUGUCCAAAGUUAUUAUUUGUAAGGGAAACAACAAUGCGAGCGCCAGCCAGAAAAUGUUCCAGUUCGUGCAAGACUGAGCAAAUGUCUGCAUACUUGAUGUGCGGAAAAAAUGGGGAAUGGCUCUCCUCGAAGAGGGAAGUCCAGCUCAGUAAAGCCUCAAACAUAAGUUGUCCGCAACACUGAAAUGGGCUACUUCUAUGUGAAUUAAUGAGGCGGAACACACCUCAAUUCAAACUGUUCGAAAACUUGUUAGAAAAUAAUUUGAAAUUGAUAAGUUGAAACAGCCUAUAGAUAAUUAGCAGGCAGCGCGUGUUAACUGUCCUGUUGCGUAACAAUCACAUUUUGGAACAGUGAGUGCAUUCUGACAUCACGUGCAUAAAACAACUCGCGCUGGGGCGACUGUUAAAGAUAUUUGGAACUCACGUGUGAAAAGGUUAAACCCACCAAGCAGUGAACUAGUAGAACCACUUUAGGUCAGUGUUGUGAGUCUGUUAGCCUCGCUCACCUCCUGACCUACACACUCACCUUUCCUCACGUGAGGUGGAGCUAACGAGCUCUGCUAAAUCUAAAUCUGCACCUCCUUCUCCAGCUUUGUGUGUAGUGCGGAUUCAUCUGGAUUAGACCUGCUGCCUGCCAGCCAGCUUUAACCCACAUGGCCUUAUGGUCCCAGGGAAAGUGGAGACAGACCUUGUGUACUAUAACAUGGCUCUUAUUAAUGAAAGUUUCAGUUAGGUAACCACGACGUCAUUGCGCAUCCAGAGUGUAAUCCGUGUCCACUUGACAGCUAGCAUUAGUGAGAGUGAAAGCACUGCCACAACUGUCUGUUAAAGACACCUUGAAUAUGUCAUAUGUUCUGUAUAUGUUAUGUGAUAUGCACAUGAUAAGCUCAAACACAGAAGUCCUAUGAUUAGAAUGGGCUGUCCUGAGCUGUGUUUGACUGGAGCUCUGCGUGUUCUCUGACAGGGUAACUCUUGCCUUCACCGGUGUGGGUCUUCUUGUCGUUCUCACCUCCAUCAUCGGGUUUCUUCCAAAUGGGAGGUAAGAAUUUCUCAUCAUUGUAACACUUUCCUUAUACCUGAGUAGUAACAUAGUAAUUACGGUAGUAACAACAUUGUAGGUAUUGAGACUCAGACCCUGUUUUCUGUGUUCUUCCUGAAGGAUGAAGAACUUCCUCAGUGAGCAGGUGCAUCUGAUGUGUUACCGGAUCUGUGUCAGAGCGCUCACUGCCAUCAUCACCUACCACGACAGGUAAGCAACAGCACUAGACACACACAUUAUUAUUGCAAAACACAUAGAAAGCAUGUUGAUGCCAUUAUGAGAAUGGUAUGCACUAUAUACCACUGUUGACAGAUGAACACUGCUGGACUGUGUACUAGAGCAGACCUCAAUGAAUCCAUUUAAAUUCUAGAGCAGUGAGGUAGUGUACGUGGUGGUUAUGUAAUAAUAAAAGUAGUAAUAAAUACACAAUGAGUAACGGCUAUAUACACACAGGGUACCAGUACCAAGUCGAUGUGCAGGGGUACGAAGUAAUUGAGGUAGAUAUUCCUAGUUACAUAUAACUAGGAAUAAAGUGACAGAUAAUAAACCGUAGCAGCAGCGUAUGUGAUGAAAUAGAGUUAGUGCAAAAAGGGUCAAUGCAGGUAGUCCGGGUAGCUAUUUGGUUAACUAUUUAACUAACAAUUUCGCGGUUUUAUGGCUUGGGGGUAGAAGCUGUUCAGGGUCCUAUUGGUUCCAGACUUGGUGCAUCGGUACCACUUGCUGUGCGGUAGCAGAGAGGUCUAUGACUUGGGUGGCUGGAGUCUUUGACAAUUUUUAGGGCCUUCUUCUGACACUGCCUGAUAUAGAGGUCCUGGAUGGCAGGGAGCUUGGCCCUGGAUGGCAGGGAGCUUGGCCCUAGUGAUUUACUGGGCUGUACGCACUACCCUUCAAGCAGUUGCCAUACCAAGCGGUGAUGCAGCCAGUCAAGAUGCUCUCUGGUACAGCUGUAUAACUUUUUGAGGAUCUAAGGGCCCAUGCCAAACCUUUUCAGCCUCCACGACUGUGUUUGUGUGUGUGUCUGGACCAUGAUAGAUCCUUAGUGAUGUAGACGUGGUCCUCUGUAGCUCAGCUGGUAGAGCACGGCACUUGUAACGCCAAGGCAGUGGGUUCGAUCCCCGGGACCAGCCAUAAACACAAAAAAUAAAUGUAUGCACGCAUGACUGUAAGUCGCUUUGGAUAAAAGCGUCUGCUAAAUGGCAUAUUAUAUUGUAGACACCGAGGAACUUGAAGCUCUCGACUCGUCCACUAUAACCCCUGUCAAUGUGAAUGAGUGUGUGCUCGGCCCUCCAGUAGCUGUAGUCCACGAUCAGCUCCUUUGUCUUGCUGACGUUGAGGGAGAGGUCGUUGUUCUGGCAGCACACUGCCAGAUCUCUGACCUCCUCCCUAUAGGCUGUCUCAUUGUCGUCGGUGAUCAGGCCUGUGUUGUCGGUGAAGUUAAUGAUGGUGUUGGAGUCGUGCGCGGCCACGCAGUCGUGGGUGAACAGGGAGUGCAGGAGGGGAGUAGGCACAUACCCCUGAGGGUCCAGCGUGGGAGAUGCGUUGUUGCCUACCCUGACCACCACGGGGCGGCAUGUCAGGAAGUCCAGGAUCCAGUUGCAGAGGGAGCUGUUUAGUCCAAGGGUCCUUAGCUUAGUGAUGAGCAUGGAGGGCACUAUGGUGUUGAAUGCUGAGCUGUAGUCAAUGAACAGUGUUCUCACAUAGGUGGCAAAGGGCAGUAUGGGAUUGCGUCAUCUGGGGAUUUGUUGGGGUGGUAAUUGAAUUGGAGUGGGUCCAGGGUGGCUGGGAUGUUGAUGUGAGCCAUGACCAGCCUUUCAAAGCAUUUCAUGGCUACAGAUGUGAGUGCUAUGGGGCGAUAGUCAUUUAGACAGGUUAUCUUGGCGUUCUUGGGCACAGGGACUAUGGUUGUCUGCUUGAAACAUGUAGGUAUUAUAGACUAGGUCAGGGAGAGGUUGAAAAUGUAAUUGAAGACACUUGCCAAGCUGGUCAGCGCAUGCUCUGAGUAGGCAUCCUGGUAAUCUGUCUGGCCUUGCAGCCUUGUGAAUGUUAACCCGUUGAAAGGUCUUACUCACAUCGGCUACGGAGAGCGUGAUCACACAGUCGUGCUCUCAUGCAUGGUUCAGUGUUGCUUGCCUCGAAGCGAGAAUAGAAGACAUUUAGCUCUUCUGGUAGGCUUGCGUCACUGGGCAGUUUGCGGCUGGGUUUCCUUUUGUAAUCUGUGAUAGUUUGCAAAUCAGAGCCAGUGUAGUAGAAUUCGAUCGUAGUCCUGUAUUAAUGCUUUCCCUGUUUGGUGGUUCCAACAAGGCCAUCACAUUCCAUCUAGGUCUGGGGUAGAGUACCCUGAGAAGAACCCAGCACAAACUGCUGCCCCGGACUUUACGAGGCUAGGUGUCACUAAAGGCACUAGCGGCAUAGAAACAUCAUCAGCAAACCCAUCAUCGUUCAAGCAUUAAAACCCCCCUAGAGUCGAUGUCCGUGCCCCGUGGAAAUCGAAUUAGCAUAAUUAAAUAAAUCCCCAUAAAAAUCUGUCAAUUUAAGCGAGAUAUAUCUUUUUUGCAUUGGAUGCGUCUCAAUCCACCAUUUCCGCCGAUGUCUCACUUCCGCAGUGAAAGGUGACAGAGAGAGUGGUGUUUGUCAGUCCAUGAGACAUCCCGAAAAUUGGUCUUCUCACAAAAUCGUAUGUAGCGUCCGAACAGUUUGGCCUACAAACUAUUGAGACUUUCACGAACACGAUGGUGUUCUCCGUUUUGCUCUACGACCCCCACAAGAGUCUUGGGACUCGUCUGAAGUCGGUACAGCGAAUCUGCCAACUUCUGUCUGUAGCGUCUGAACAGUUUGGGCUACACACAUUUGACCCCUCUGUGGAAAGGGGAGACUAACGAACACGUACAAAUCGGUUGUUAUGCUCUAGGCCUCACAAGUUGAAAAAAUGAAUGAAAGUACAGUGCAUUCGGAAAGUAUUUUGUUAUGGUAGUCUUAUUCUAAAAUGGAUUAAAUUGUUUUUUUCCCCCCUUGUCAAUCUACACACAAUACCCCAUAAUAACAAAUUAGACAUUUUUGCAAAAAAAUAACUGAUUUUACAUAAGUAUUAAGACCCUUUACUUAGUACUUUGUUGAAGCACCUUUGGCAGCGAUUACAGCCUUGAGCACAUCUGUAUUUGGGGAGUUUAUCCCAUUCUUCUCUGCAGAUCCUCUCAAGCUCUGUCAGGUUGGAUGGGCAGCGUCGCGGCACAGCUAUUUUCAGGUCUCUCCAGAGAUGUUCGAUCGGGUUCAUGUCCGGGCUCUGUCUGGGCCACUCAAGGACGUCUCGAAGCCACUCCUGCGUUGUCUUGGCUGUGUGAUUAGGGUCGUUGUCCUGUUGGAAGGUGAACCUUUGCCCCAGUCUGAGGUCCUGAGUGCUCUGGAGCAGGUUUUCAUCAAGGAUCUCUCUGUACUUUUCUCCGUUCAUCUUUCCCUCGAUCCUGACUAGUCCACCAGUCCCUGCCGCCACCAUGCUUCACUAUAGGGAUGGUGCCAGGUUUCCUCCAGACGUGACGCUUGGCAUUCAAGCCAAAGAGUUCAAUCUUGGUUUCAUCAGACCAGAGAAUCUUGUUUCUCAUGGUCUGAGAGUCCUGUAGGUGCCUUUUGGCACACUCCAAGCGGGCUGUCAUGUGCCUUUUACUGAGGAGUGGCUUCCGUCUGGCCACUUUACCAUAAAGGCCUGAUAAGUGGAGUGCUGCAGAGAUGGUUGUCCUUCUGGAAGGUUCUCCCAUCUCCACAGAGGAACUCUGGAGCUCUGUCAGAGUGACCAUCGGAUUCUUGGUCACCUCCCUGACCAAGGCCCUUCUCCCCCGAUUGCUCAGUUUGGCCGGGCGACCAGCUCUAGGAAGAGUCUUGGUGGUUCCAAACUUCUUCCAUUUAAGAAUGAUGGAGGCCACUGUGUUCUUGGACUUUUAAUGCUGAAAAUAUGUUUUUGUACCCUUCCCCAGAUCUGUGCCUCGACACAAUCCUGUCUCGGAGCUCUACGGACAAUUCCUUUGACCUCAUGGCUUGGUUUUUUCUCUGACAUGCACUGUCAACUGUCGGACCUUAUAUAGACAGGUGUGUGCCUUUCCAAAUCAUGUCCAAUCAAUUGAAUUUACCGAAGGUGGACUCCAUUCAAGAUGUAGAAACAUCUCAAGGAUGAUCAAUGGAAACAGGAUGCACCUGAGCUCAAUUUCGAGUCUCAUAGCAAAGGGACUAAUACUUAUGUAAAUAAGGUAUUUCAUUUUAUUUUAUUUUUUGUCAAUUUGCAAAAAAAAUAAAUAAACUGUUUUCACUUUGUCAUUGUGUGUAGAUUGAGGGGAAAACAUAUUUAAUCAAUUUUAGAAUAAGGCUGUAAUGAAACAAAAUGUGGAAAAAGGUGUCUGAAAAUAUAUAUAUACUUUUCUUCUUCUGCUCUUUCUUAUAUCUUUCAGAUAUACUUCAGAACAAACUUCCUUUUAGAUUUCUGUUGUUCCAUGUUGUAAAUCUGUUAUUCACUGCGUUUGUAUGGGCUAAUAGCAGUAAGGCCAAAAAUACAUUUUAGUCAUUUAGCAGACGCUCUUAUCCAGAGCGACUUAGCGAGUGCAUACAUUUUCAUCAAGUACUUUUUUAAAAUAUAUGUUUUGAUACUUCAAGGGGUCUUAAAAUUCAAAAUCAAAUAGCUAAAUGAUCCUUGGUAUUACCUUCUUAAAACAAUUCCAUAUAACUUAGUAGAGCACCCCCCAGCUCAGACAGGGCUAAGACUCUUAUGGGUUUAACACCCACAGUGUUAUAGCCUGUGCUCUGGGGGAACUGUUUGUCAAGUGGACAUUCCCUUUGACAUGAUGCAGGCAGUUUGCCGACAGUUCAAAUGUCCUCAGAUGAUUUGAUUUGAUGCUCAGUUUUUAUGGUGUGAGGCAAUGCUAGACAGUGCCCAAAGCCCUGGCUUGACGUGUUGAUUUUAAUACGUGCUGGAGAGCACCACUGUCUACAAAACCACAAGUCACAUUUUUGUUUGACAAAGCCCUUACUAGCCAACGCUGAUUCAAAUGAGUCAAGUUAAAGAAGAAAAUGGGGGGAAAUGCUGCAAAAGAGAGAUGUCUCAAGCAGAUUAAUAAAUAGUCCUUCUCAUCCCCAACUCUAGGUCAGAUGGGGAACUUGUCAAAUGAACGUGUCAAUAUAGCCUACCCUUUGUUUUGCAGUAUAAAAAUGAAAUAACAUGAGCUGUCAGGGAGUGUAUUUAAACAAUAUGCCUACUCAUUCAAAUAAAUAAUUACGUCCAAGACCACGAGGGUUAGAUUAAUCUCUGUCCAUGAAAUUGGCCCUAAGUGCAAAUGUUUUGAAAGAUAAAUACAUAGGUAUGAAAAUAACUGAUCAUAACAACAUGUUUCUAACAGGCCAAACUGUCUAGGAAUGUGGUGAAUUCAGUAUGGGUUAUGUCCCCUGAGGGAAUCUACAUAUAGCGCUGGGCCUGUUACAGCAUGUUCCUCUGCCUAGUCUGGGUCGGGCAAAAUAAUACUGAAGUGGUGUAAGAGGGGCUCUCUUUUGGUAACACGACAACAUGUUCAGCAACAUUUAUCUCCUGAAUGUAGGCUCCUACUCCAGUCCAACAUGCUCAGGGGGUCAGGCUUUGAAUGCUAACAUCAUUAGCCUCCAACCACAUUCAUGUUAAUUAGGAAGGGGUGUGGGAAAGGGAGCAUGGCUUCUCCCUAACACCCAUUUUCCAUCAUCACUGGGUUGUUAGGAUCUAGCUUACACUGGAAUGGUAGUUUCCUGAAAAUCACUUGUUUACUGAUAGUCAUCCUGCUCUCUCUCUCUCCAUCCUCCCAGUGAAAACAAGCCCAAGAAUGGAGGGAUCUGUGUGGCCAACCACACCUCACCCAUCGACGUCAUCAUCCUGGCCAGUGAUGGCUGCUAUGCAAUGGUAAGGCCCAAGACCCAUGAUGAACAGCACAGCAGUCAGACAUAAGGCUACCUACCACAGCACUGAAUGACUGCUGUCAAUCAUUGAGUUAGUGUCAAAUUUAGAACGUUACUGGUUUUCUACUACCAUUAAAAAAUAUAUUUUAGAAGCAAGCAUGCACAUUUUCUUACAGAGAAUUUACCAAAGAAUAUAUAAUUAAAAUUGUAUUUUAGAGAGGCAUGUGUGUGAGAUUGUUGACCUGUAUCAUCAGAUGUUUGUUAAACCACACCUGUGUGUGUGUGUGUGUGUGUGUGUGUGUGUGUGUUCCAGGUUGGGCAAAUCCAUGGUGGUUUGAUGGGUGUGAUCCAGAAGUCUAUGGUGAAAGCCUGCCCACACAUUUGGUUUGAACGCUCUGAAGUCAAAGAUCGACAUCUAGUGGCCAAAAGGUAGUAAUGCACAUCAGCACUUAUACUGCUUUUUAGUUUGAAGUCACUCCGCUGUAGUCUGGCAGGUACCAAACUCAAAGUCCUCCUGACCAGAGUUUCGGAAGCUGCUUGAUGUUGUCAGCACGAUGCGUCAAUAAUAAAGGGGGCUGUGCAUUUACUGGUUGGUUCUCCUCUGUCUUUCCCACUCAAAAAACUAAGUCUCAAUCCCCUAGUGUAAAAAAAAAAAAACGUUUGAGAGAAUCAAUCAAAGCUCGCUCUAUUUCUAAGCAAAUAUAUAUACAAACAUUUUUAAAAUCCUGUGCAGCCCUGUGGGGCACAGCUCUCCCUCGCUGUGUACCACGUUAGUCAUGUCAGCCAGGCUAACUCAGCUGUACCUUUUCAUAUGUUAUUUCUCUAAAAUGUUGUGCACAAAUCUGUUUACAUCCCUGUUAGUGAGCAUUUAUUAUUUGCCAAUAUAUACCACACCUGUCAGGUAGAUGGAUAAUCAAGAAGCUGACAAAACAGCAUGAUCAUUGCACAGGUAGGGACAAUAAAAGGCCACUCUAAAAUGUGCAGUUUUGUCACACAACACAAUGCCACAUAUCUCAAGUUUUGAGGGAGCGUGCAAUUGGCAUGCUGACUGCAGUAAUGUCCACCAGAGCUGUUGCCAGAGAAUUAAAAGCUAAUUUCUCUACCAUAAGCCGCCCUCAACGUCGUUUAAGAUAAUUUGGCAGUACGUCCAACCGGCCUCACAACCAGACCAUGUAUAACCACGCCAGUCCAGGACCUCCACAUUUAGCUUCUUCACCUGCGGGUUCGUCUGAGACCAGCCACCCGGACAGCUGAUGAAACUGAGGAGUAUUUAUGUCUGUAAUUAAAGCCCUUUUGUGGGGAAAAACUCAUUCUGAUUGGCUGGGCCUGGCUCCCAGACAUGUGAAAUCCAUAGAUUAGGGCCUAGUGAAUGUAUUUCAAUUGACUGAUUUCCUUAUAUCAGGGGUGUCAAACGUCCGGCCCGCGGGCCGGAUCAGGCCCGCAAACGGGUUUAAUCCGGCCCGCGAGAUGAUUAAAAAAAUAAAUAAAUAAAUAAAAUAAAAAUUUAUAAUAAUUUUGUAAAGUAUAAAAAUGCGCUGCAAUUUUUCAAUAAAAUAAACUGCUGUUCCAAUUGCGUCCACUGGAUGGCGCAAUAGCAAUUGUGUUAAGCAAGCAAACUGUUUAUACCGGGGCAGAGCAAGUAGGUCAAGCACGUGCAGCCAAUGAGCUACUUUGUUUUGCCCGCAAUAUUUAUUACAGCUUCUACUUUUAACAUUAUGUGCUUUGGCACCCUCAUUGCCCCAAUAUGUCUCAGUCAAAAAAGAGAAAAGUGGACGCAGAGUGCAGAGUGUUCCAAGAAAAAUGGUCAUCCUAUUUUUUCACGGAAUUGAAUGGGAAAGCUGUAUGUUUGGUGUGUUCAGAGCAUGUUGCAGUGCUGAAAGAAUAUAACCUUCGUCGCCACUAUGUGAGUCUUCAUGCCAACAAAUAUGACAACUUUCAAGGACAGCGGAGAUGAGAGAAGGUGAAUGAACUGUUGGCGGGUCUGAAGAAACAGCAGUCUGUGUUUACUCACAGCCGAGACAUCAGUGACGCUGCAGUGAAAGCUAGCUACCUCAUUGCUAAUGAAAUCGCAGUGGCUUCAAAACCAUUUAGUGAGGGUGAAUUUGUAAAAACAUGCCUGAUGAAGGCAGCGGAGAUUGUGUGCCCUGAAAAGCGGCAGGCUUUUGCAAAUAUCAGCCUGACAAGAAACACAGUUGCAGACAGGAUUUCCGAUCUUUCAGUGGAUUUGGACAGCCAGUUGAAGCAAAAAGUAAAGUCAUUUAUUGCGUUUUCGGUUGCAAUUGAUGAAAGCAAGGACAUUACAGAUGUUGCACAACUGGCCAUUUUCAUCCGCGGAGUUGAUGACACAUUGACCGUCACCGAGGAGUUCGUGGAGUUGGUGCCGAUGACAGAUACAACGACAGCAGCUGAUAUUUUUACCAGCACUCGUCGGCGCGCUGGACAGGGUCGGAGUGGACUGGUCCCGCGCUGUCAGCCUGGCUACAGAUGGUGCGCCCUCAAUGAUCGGGAAAAAAGCAGGCGUUGUGACAAAGUUCAGAGAGAAAGUGCAAUCUGCAAAUGGAGGACGUGAUUUUUUGACUUUUCACUGUAUUUUGCACCAGGAGGCUUUGUGUUGCAAGUCAUUAAAGAUGGAUAACGUCAUGAAGGUGGUCAUCCAAACUGUUAAUUUAAUCCGAUCCAGAAGCCUGAAUCACCGUCAGUUUGACAGCCUUCUCAGAGAGAAAGACCACAUCUAUGGCCUGCCAUACCACACUGAGGUAAGAUGGUUAAGCCGAGGUGCUGUGCUGAGGCGUUUCUUUGAUUUACGAGAAGAAAUUGAACAGUUCAUGGAAGAAAAGGGCAAACCAGUGUUAGAAUUUCAUUCCGCAGAAUGGAUGCAGGACCUUGCAUUUAUGGUGGAUGUUACAGAGCACCUGAAUAACUUGAACAAACAGCUGCAAGGGCGCAACAAAGUUGUCACGCAGUAUUAUGACAGCAUACGUUCUUUCAAGUUGAAGCUGUCAUUGUGGGAGACGCAACUUGCCGGUGGUGAUGCAGCUCACUUCCCCUGUCUGAAAAAUGUGUGCGCGACCCAACAUGUGGCAGACAUGAAGCGGUUCAAAGAUAAAAUAACGGGACUGUUACGGGAGUUUGAGCAACGCUUUCAGAUUUAUGUUUUUAUGUUGAUGUGCUAUUGUUUUUAAUUAUUUUAUUUGUAUAUUUAACCUAUUCUUGACUCUGUGGUUCUUGCACUUGUUUGGGGAACAGGAUUUCAUUAUUUUUAUCUACAUUUCUGCCUGAGAAAUGACACCCUGAUAUAGUGUUGUGUGUGUGUGUUCUUUUCCUAGAAUUUCAAAUAAACUUGACGUGUUUUAUGAUUAAUAGUGAUGUGUGUUUUCUUUUGGACACUGUCCUCAGGCUCCAGCUUUAUGUUGUAUGUUUGAUCGUAUUAGCAUUGUUUUUUAAUUGAUUUUAUAUUUAUUGUAUAUUUAACUAUUCUGAUUGUUUUCCGUUCGGCCAUUUCAAUAUUUUUCUCAUUUCCCUGAGAAAUGACACCCUGAUAUAGUUCUGUGAUCUGUGAAACAGUUCUGUUAAUCACUGAGGCAUUGUGUGUUUGUGUGUUCUUUUUCUUUAGAAUUUUCAAAUAAACUUGACGUGUUUUAUGAUUAAUAGUGAUGUUGUGCUUGUACUAUUUUGGACACACUGUCCUCAGGCUCCAGCUUUAUGUUGUAUGUUGAUCGUAUUAAAACAAAGAAACAAUCUGAAGUUGUUGUUUUUAUAUAUAAUAUAUAAUAUACCAUGAUUUUUCCGGUCCGGCCCACUUGGGAAUAGAUUUUCCUCCAUGUGGCCCCUGAGCUAAAAUGAGUUUGACACCCCUGCCUUAUAUGAACUGUAACUCAGUAAAAUCGUUAAUUGUUGAAUGUUGCGUUUUAUAUUUUUGUUCAGUAUAAAUGGAUAAUUGACAAAAAUCCAUUGAAGGUUUACUGUGACCAACAUGUUUUGAUUUAACACAAGACUAUUUGGGGUUUGUGUAUUGGUAAAGACUAGUCACGCUGUAUUUAAUCAAUAUACUGUAAACUAGAGCUGGGACGAUAAAUAAACAAUUAUCGACACCGAGCAAACCGACCACUUAUCAAAGACAUUUUACUGAUAAUGUUAAGUAGCCUAUACUAGAGAAAUGUGAAGUUUGAAAUAAGUGCUAAUUUGGGCAAUUGCUUACGGGACUAUUGAUAUCUACAACAUUCAAAGUAGUAGUAGCAUUUACAAGUAUACAAAAGUAACUGGUGCACAUUAAUGUUAGACUUAUUGUUCUAUUUAUUUAUCAUGAGAAUUAAGUCACUUUAUUGUGAUAUAGAUUUUUGUCCAUAUAGCCCAGUUCUACUGUACACUUACAAAAUCUCUUGUUGCAGAUUGAGUGAUCAUGUAGAAGACAAAACUAAACUUCCUAUUCUCAUUUUCCCCGAAGGUGAGUCGUUUUUGGUUUUGUGUUUCCUUAGUUACUGCUUUGAACACAACUACAGUAGUGUUGAUUUCUGCAUUUCUACUGUGGAAAUGUGAUUAUAAGUUACCCUUUUAAUAUAAUUUCCUUUCCCCAUUUGUAAACACUGACUUUUCCCCAUAGGCACCUGCAUCAACAACACUUCAGUAAUGAUGUUUAAAAAGGGCAGCUUUGAGAUUGGCUCCACAGUCUACCCUGUGGCCAUCAAGGUGAGUGUGUGUGUGUGUGUGUUGCGAGUGCUUGCUUGAGUGUGGUGUUUUUACCGGUCCCACAGUAUUAAUCAGAUGUCCCCGUCCCUCCGGCCCCAACAGUACGACCCCCGCUUUGGAGAUGCCUUCUGGAACAGCAGCCAGUUUGGGAUGGUCAACUACCUGCUGAGGAUGAUGAGCAGCUGGGCCAUUGUGUGCAGUGUGUGGUACCUGCCACCCAUGAGCAGAGAGGUUAGUCUGGGCAAAACCUCACCGUUUUCUUUUAAAAUCCAUCUUCUCUGAAAUAUCACUAAAAGGCUUGAGGAUUGCUGUGACAUUGAUUCAACACCCUAAAGCUCAGUGGCAUUUUUGACUGGCCAUUGUGCAUUGUUUAAUGAUGGCAGGCACAUGAUAUUUGAUUAGCAUACUCUAGCCCCAGGAAAAUGUAUACUGUCAAUAUUUAAGAGGGUGUAGUCAUGCUAACCUCCCUCAAGUUAGCUGUUUCAUCUAUCAUUUCAAUACACCAGUGGGCCAUAUUGAAUGGAUGCAUAUGAUGCACCCCUUCCUUUGACCUCAGCCUGGCAUGAUUUACCUAGGAUAUCCUCAAGCCACCCAGAGUUUGCAUUUGGUGAUGCAAAUAAAUCCUGCUUUGAAUGGGUUUUCAAAUCCGCAUUCACCUCCAUGAACAUUUUAAGGUUGAGAUGGCCUCUCAGCUUCCACCCCUGAUUUAAGGAAAUGUGAUUCAAAUCAGUCUUUUGAGAGGCUAGCAUGGCUGCCUCCUUUAGACGUGGCUUAUGCACUUGUUGGUUUGUCUCAUGUUAGGUUGCACAACCAGAGCUUGACAAAGCAAUUUGUACCAGGAUUGUGGAUGAGCACUCAGUGUGUGACUUGGUAUAAUGUUUUUAGUAUUUUGAGCCGGGUGUGGAUGUGAACUUGGUCAGACCUCGCUCAUGAAUAACAGGAAAGGGUCGAGUACUACCACCCACUCCUAAAACAACAUGUUCAGAGGCAGGGGUUGGCCAGCUUUGGGGCUCUGGCCAUUGACCGAGCGACCGUCCCAUUUUGAUGUAGAAAGCAGGGGGAAGGAAGGUUGGGAAAUGUCUUUCACUAACUGUCAGAGUUGAAGGAACUUGGGCUGGGAUCCAUCUGGUCCUCAGAGGUGUCCUGCCUUUUGAAUACAUUUUCCACUUGCUGCUUGAAGGGAAACUAGUACUUGGAGCAGGCUUUUGGAGCAGCCAUCUCCUCCAGUCUUUGUAACCUGGAGAUCAUAGUCACACAGCAUCACACAGAAUCAGAACACUAUAUUUAGAGAUUAUUCUCUGUCCUCUUGAUGCAUGGCCCAUGAAGUGCAAUGUGCUUGAUUUAAUAUCCCAGUUUGUCAAAAUGUACUUGAUACUACGCUACAAUAUGCCAAUUUUGCAUAUUAGUGGCUGUAGCUAUUAAAUAGGAUAGGUCCUUCAUACAAUAUGUGCACUGAGACCCUUUCCAGGACAUGUCUGAUGCUCAGGUGGCCCAGUCUCCUUUGUGUGUCAACCAGGUCUUCAUCUUUGUCUUCCUUUCUGAACAGGAAGGAGAGGAUGCAGUCCAGUUUGCCAGUCGGGUCAAAGCAGCUAUCGCCAGGCAAGGAGGGCUGGUGGACUUGCUAUGGUGAGUAACCCAUAGCAAACGUCUCAGAGAACAUAUGUACACAUGGGUUAUAGGCUUAUAAUAUCAGGUCUGUGUCAUUGUUAAACCCAGCUCAGUUUUGCUCGGCUGUAUGCCCAUGUGAGCAUCAGAGUACUGUGUAAUGGAUUUGUGAAUUAUGAUGUUGCUUUGUAGGGAUGGUGGUUUAAAGCGAGGGAAGGUAAAAGAUACGUUCAAAGAGGAGCAACAAAAGUUAUACAGCAAAAUGCUAGUGGGAACCCAAGAGGACCGCAGUCGUUCUUGAAGACAAACGCAGGGAGUUUGAGAUGAUCAGAGACCCACUUGCGGACAACAGAAUGAACAGUCUUCUGCACCCUAACAGAUUUUUUGACCUGGAAUACUCCAACCCUCAUGUCAGGAAUACUUCACUUGGCUUCCUCGGUCAGUGCCUCAGCUUGGCAUAUUAAGUUGUCAUUGCUGUUACAGCCCAUUAUGGGCCCUGUCUCUGUCCUCUGUUUCUAAUGAUUUGAAAAUGGACUGGCCUCUACUGCACCAGCCAGCGUGUCAUGAUGCUGUGCACUAAGAUAGUUUUCUCACCAUCAGGGAAGCUAAAACACUGUCUUUUAAGUGACUAAUAUAUUUAUGUUCUUCAUUGAGUUAAUGUAUAUGGUUUGUUCUUAUCCUGUCUCUUUUUUAUGUUUUAUUAUUGUUAAUACUAUUAUGACAGUUAUUAUCAUAAUUGUUCUUUAAGUUACAAGUGAUCUGCCAGGGGACGUAGCAGUGCACAUAGAGAAGUACUGGAGAGUUUGUACUGAAGGGAAAAUCUGUGACCGUGUUGGGAGAUGCAUGGCUGGCUUGUACCCGACACGGCCGAGAUGGCAAGGUGCCACAUGAAUGUUUCUAAUACUUUUUUGUAUUGUUUUUUUUUUCUCAGUGAAAGCCUUUUGUUUUAAGCAUUGUAUUCACAUGUGUAAAAUAUAGGAGUUAUGUUAAAGUGGAGCUUGGGUUUUGUUUUCUUUGUUUCUCUUGUCUCCAUGAAAUGUGGAAGACUGUUCACAUUAUGAUGUGGAGAAUAUACAUUUUGUGACUGAUGGGGUUGUUGAAAUGUAGUAGAUACUCCACCGUCGUCCCAUCUAAACUAGCCUACAUAAUCUAAACACUUUCUUCUGCCUCCCGUCCUUACCUACCGUGUAGCUAAUUUCUGAGCUGUGUAAUGACUGAGGCCUCUGCCACCGACACCUC